AUGUGUGAUAAGUGGUGGGGGAGGAGUAAUUUUGAUUGGGCUGUGAGGGAGUCAGAAGGCAGAUCGGGUGGAAUACUAUCGGUCUGGAACAAGGAUAAGUUUGUGGCAACUAGUAAAUGGAACGUGACGGGGGCUGUUAUUGUUAAUGGGAUUUGGCUACAAGGAGGCCUGCAUUGUUGUUUUGUUAAUGUGUAUGCGCCCAUGGGAAACACCGAAAAGGAAUCUUUGUGGGAUACAUUACAGCUCAUUGCUCUUCAAAACAAAGACUCUUGCCUGUGUUUUCUUGGCGACUUCAACGUAGUGCGUGAUCCGGGAGAAAGGGUGGGGAAAGGUGCUGUCUUUAAUCAAGCAGAUGCAAGGUCUUUUGACGCUUUUAUUCGGCAAAGUAAUCUGCUGGAAAUCAGAACACAGGGGAGAAAGUUUACGUGGUAUCAACCUGGUGGAGGAUGUAAGAGCAAACUAGACAGAUUUUUCGUCAACGAGAAAUGGAUGCAGGAAUGGCCGGACACAGUCGGAAGGGGGCUUCAGAGAUCAGUGUCGGAUCAUUGUCCGAUCUUCCUGACUACAAAAACCAAGAACUGGGGACCCAAACCUUUUAGUGCGUUGAAAGAGUGGAAUCUGAGGAUUUAUGGCAACAUUGAACACGGAUUGACAGAUCUUAAGGAUGAACUUCAGGAGCUGGACAUUUUUGAUGACACCUUUGGUCUUGAGGAGAGAGAGACAAUCAGGAGAAAUGAAUUACGAGCAAAGAUUUUCCUUAAAUCCAAAGAAAAAUGUAGUCUUCUCCAACAAAAGGCGAAAGUCAAAUGGGUCAAGGAGGGGUUUGAUGUUGGGGGCUGCUGGAUCGAGGAUCCAAAGACCAUUAAGGAGAACGUCAAAACGUUCUUCGAGAAUCACUUCAAGAAGACGCCGCGCGUCCUACCUAUGAUACCGGGAGAUUUCACUGCUCGGAAAGUUUCUGCAGCGAAUAAUGCGGAGCUGAUCAAAACUUUUUCAGAAUCAGAAAUUAAAGAGGCCAUUUGGAGCUGUGACGGUGACAAGAGCCCGGGACCGGAUGGCUUUAACCUCAAGUUCUGGAAAGCGUCAUGGGAGAUUAUCAAAAAAGAUUUUUUAAAGGUUUUGGCGAAUAGGAUGAAACAGGUCAUGGAUUCAGUUAUUUCGGAUAAUCAGAGUGCCUUCAUUGGCGGCCGUUACAUCCUUGAUGGGGUCGUGGUUCUAAAUGAAGUAAUCGCGGAGGCUACUAAGAAGAGAAAAGGGAGGAUUAUCUUCAAGGGCUUGCCGUGA